AUGUCCAAAAAGCCCUCGAUCGACAUCGUCAAUGAACCCAUCACUCUCCCUUGCGGCCUCACCCUGCCCAACCGCCUGGUAAAAUGUCCCAUGCAAGAAACAUGUGCGGAGGCCCCUCACUUUGACCCGCCCGUCGAGAAGUUCCGCUCGCUGUACUCGUUAUGGGCCACCGCUCGCUACGGGAUGAUCUUGACGGGCCAAGUCCAAGUCGAUAUGCGCUUCUUCUCGAUCCCCGGCGAUGUGUGCUGCCACCAGGGAUCGCUCACUGAACCAGUGCUGUCCAAGUGGAAAGAGUGGGCUAGAAUAGCCCAACAGGGCGGCACACCAUGUGUCGUUCAGAUUUCGCAUCCCGGCCGGAUGAGUCCAACAGGAGGUGGUGUCAGACCGAGUGACAUGCAACCCCCCUGCCCGUCGGCCGUGCCGGUGAAGAUGGGUGAUGGCUGGCUGGACAGAAUCAUGCUCGACAAGCUCCUCGGCACACCAAGAGAAAUGGACCACGCUGAAAUCGACGAAGCAGUCGCAAACUUUGUCCGCGCCGCUCGUGUCGCUCGAAUGGCUGGCUUCGCGGGUGUCCAGCUACACGGGGCGCACGGCUUCCUUAUCUCGCAGUUCCUGUCACCGCACACAAAUCGACGGUCAGACGAGUACGGCGGCAGUCCGGAGAGGCGACUGCGUUUUGUCCAGCGGCUGAUCGAGGAGAUUCGCGCCGUGUGUCCGCCGCCGUUCUGCCUGGGUGUCAAGUUGAACUCUGCAGAUUACAUGGCCGAAGGUGGCCUCACGCAGGACGAAGCACUGGGGCAGGUGAGAUGGCUCGUCGAGUGCGGCAUGGUCGAUUUUAUCGAGAUCAGCGGCGGAAACGCCGAGAGUACGGCGUGUGAGCUGCAGAAUACUUUUGGCGAGUACAACCUCACCAAAACGCCAAAGCGAGAAAGCACGCGUAUUCGGGAAGCAUUCUUCACCAUGUUCGCGGAAAAGGUACAGCAAUUACACAGCAGAGUGCCCAUACAGUUGAGCGGCGGGUUCCGCUCGCGCAACGGGAUGGCCGACGCUCUCGAAAGCGGCGCCUGCGACCUGAUAGGCCUGGGACGGACUGCCGUCUUGCAACCCGCGCUCCCGAGAGAUAUUCUUCUGAACAGGGCGAUCCCGGACGACGAGGCUCUGGCAAUGCCACAUGAGGUCAGGGGGAUGUGGAUGGCCAAGAUGGCCCCAGCGAAGAUGAUCGGUGCUAGUCUGGCUGGUCAGGUCUUUUACUAUAACAUGCGGCGGUUGGCUAGUGGUCUUUCCGCAGAUCCCUGUGUCAGUAUACCUUACGUGGUCUUUUCUGGCAUCUUGAGCUUGUUGAGAGGGGUGCUUGCUGGUAUGAGCCACAAGCUGUUUGCAGCUUUGAGGAAUGUGCUGGGGCGGCACACAGUCAAGACCGCUUGA